AUGGCUCUCAACCUGGAGAAACAACUGCGCUUUUAUGGCGCCUACCAUCAUGACAGCAUCAAUAUUGGUAUACACAUGGUCGGAGUGCCUAUUAUCUUAUGGACUACCUUUCUGCUGUUCACGAAUUCGGGUACACUGAUCAAGUUGCCUCAAUCAAUGACCGUCCCCAACCUCGAACUGAACGCCGGCACCCUCUUCUGCCUAUCCUACUGCGGACUAUACAUAUUACUCGAGCCAGUAGCCGGGACGGCGUUCGCCGCAUUGCUUCUCGCCGGAACCGCCUACGCGCACCACCUGGUCGCUGUCCACGGGAUGACCGCCAACUUUUGGGCGGCGGCGGCAUUCGUGGCAGCGUGGAUCGCACAAUUCCUGGGCCACGGAGUGUUCGAAGGACGUGCUCCUGCGUUGCUGGACAACAUCUUCCAGGCCUUUUUCUUGGCGCCGCUCUUUGUCUGGCUAGAGGUCCUGUUUGCGCUUGGGUACAGGCCGGAACUGAAGAGUCGGGUGGAUAAGAUGGUGGAACAAGAUAUCGCCAAAUAUCGCGAGUCGAAGGCGCAAAAGGCGAAUGGGCAGGUGAACGGGACUGCUGCCAACGGCCACGGCAAACAAUCAUAA